AUGUCUUUUUUUGACCCAAAGGCGCGCCCUUUAGAGGGCCUUGUCGGCGCCCGUCGGCGCGCACUUUUUCAAAAGUGGCGCCGACAACCCUACUUCCUAGGUCUCGGUGACGACCAAGGCGACUCCAGCCAGUUGGACAAUGAACCCCCACCCCUCUCCCAAAUCAGCAUAAAGCGCAACCACAACGAAAUCCUCUAUAAGAAUAUAGAAGUAGCCACAUUAAGAGGCGAUACUGGAUCAGUUGAGAUGCUUCGGAGCAUGCUCCACGACAAGCCCAUCAAACCCAUUGAGAGAGCGGUCAAGAACCUCCCGAGCUUCAAGCGGAUCCUACCUAGAAUUGACGCGGACAUUUACGCGACAAACGCCGACGGCAGCUCAGUCGCACCUCUCGCUAUCCCUCUACCGAGUAAACAAGACAAAGAAGCACCAUCAGCCCCCAUAACCCAAGGAGGAUUACACUUCAUGUCCGGAGCGGUAACAACCCACGCCAACAUUGGCUUUACCCCAUUCUUUGAUAAAAACAUCGAAGAACUCCAAGCUCCCCUCCCUCUUACCAUCUUCAACAAAGAUUGGAAAGAGAGAGCCAUAACUUACCAAGUCGGACGAUGCUAG